GAGAGAGGGGGAAGGAGGGGGGGGGAGGAGGAACCAGGGUAAUGGACGUGGUGGUAAACUCGAGAGAGGGACAUAAUGAACAGUAUACAGAUGGAACAUAAUUAUAUAUUAACAACGAAAUUUAAGGGCUACAGAGUUAAAGGGAUGUGGGGGUGGAGAACACAAUAUUUUAUUGACUAAUUCUCAAAGGACACCAUAACCUCAGGGAGUCAUCAGCGAAUGUAAUACGUGUUUGUGAUUCACUGCACGUCAUUCAUUAUCAUAAUUCAUCUCUUCGCUCCACUCUUCGUGUGCGCGCUGACCACGGUGAUGACUUUAUGUACAAAACCGAAUGUACAAUUUCGUGUGUGUUGGCAUACGACUUACUCGUACAUAAGCUCCUACACUUUCCCGCGCCUUUUCCCUAUCGUCUGCAAACCCAAAAGCUCAUCCGGUAGAUAGAUAAGUAUACAACGUUAGAAAGCUUGCUAAGAAAGCUUUGUCUUCCUCCGAAAGCACACGCGGAUACACCUUUCCGUUAUUUUUGUAUACAAGGGAGACGCAUUCGAAUUCUUCAACUCGAACAAAACCACCUGCCAGUGUUGCCCGCACUGCACAGCAUUUCAGCAUUUACUUUCUGGAGAACCCUUUCCGGAUAUACGGCAUCUACAUUCAAAGGUUUCGACUGCUGAGCAUCACCCGCUGAGCACUGAGUCAGAAGAGAUAAAGAUAAGAAAGUGGAUAUUGCUCACAAGUGCAGGCUUCGAGGACCCUCAAUUUCGUUCGUUCUCGAGAAAGUUCACAUGACGUCGAGGGUUUUUACGAGAUCUUCUGGUCAAGAGAGAAACGAUGCGAAUUAGACAUUUCAUGGAUAACAAGCCUGUAGGUAGAGACGAGAGCAUUCGCGCUGCGACAGUACGCAGCCUGUAUGAUGGAACAGAGAUGUCGAGAGACGAAAAUGCGCAGACGACAUCUCAGCAUGAAUUCGCUUCGCGGGAAAAUCGCUGCAACGAAAGCGACAAUUUUUCCCUGCCGGAGGUCAAUGCGAACGCCCCGCUUUCCACAUCUACUGUAGAUGACGACCGUUACGCAUAUGCGUUGCGUACGCGUUUGACUGGCGACCAAGAAAGGCGACGUGCAACUCGUCAUGAUGCGGGUGACGGAAUCGCCGGCGGCCAUCCGACAAUAGAAUUUGAUUUACGAAGACGAAAUGGAGGGGAAGAGGUAGAUAUGUUGUGUCAUAGUUUCGCCGGUAUUGACGAGGAUGAUUAUGUUCGAGCUGCUUCCGACUCUGAGCCCCAGGGCAACGAGAGGGAUGACAUUUUGAUGGGUGCGUGUAGCAGCAGCUGUAGCAGCAUCAGUGACUGUGGAAUGGCCACCACCGGGGUGAUAUCCACCAGCAGCACCCGGAGAACUCUUGGACAGAUUCGAGAGAGCUUGGAGCAAAAAGUCAAGCGCUUACGGGCGGAGAAAGAGGCGGUGGACGAGAAGAUUCGUCUGGCGCAGGAAGAAGAAGAAAUCAGAAUGCGAGAGAAAAUCAAAAUUCGCGGGAAAGUGAUCAUGCAGAGGAAAGAUCGUCUAAGAAAAUUGGUGUGUGAUUUGAAAGGUCAGUUGGAUGACCACAGUCAGAGACUACAGAAUGCCUACAGCACGCUUCUCCUGUUACAGAGGACUAUCUUUAGAAGUAGGAGCUUCUGCAGGAGUAGGCGAAUCAAGCAGAGGCCGGGACUGGCAGAGGCGCCAUUUUAAAAAUUACCGCUGACCUGAGAAUGUAUAAUAGCAGGGACUUUAGAAACAGUCUUUAUGCUCCCUGCACAUGCUCUGUUCCGGGUCUAGAACAAGUGAAUUUGCAUUUAUAUGAAAAUAUGAUUAUCAUUCACCCCAGAUUCUGACCUUCAUUUCAAAAUUGAUUUGUGCAAUUUUGUAUUAUAAUCUACUUUGUAGAUAAUGUAGAUAUUGUAUGUUAGUAUAUAGCAUGAUCUAUAUAUUGAUUUAUAUGUCAACCGUUUAAUACUUUUGCUGUAAACAAUAAUGGAAACCUACGUUAGUUACAUUCUUUUUCCAAACGGUAUAGUGCAAUGAGUGGAGAUGGUACAAAGUGAUUGGAUUAUUUUCUGAUCUAGUUUGAAAGUAAGAAUAUGGCUUACAAACAAGACAGUGUUGAAACCUUUAGCUUUGUAAUUAACGUAUAUAUCAAAAUCUUUCAUUAAGUUGUGAAGUAACUUUUAUAUGUGGAUGUUUCUGUGAGAUUGAGAAAUGAGAUGGCGGCCAAAUUAACGAAAUUUUGUAUUUCCGUUAUUCUAUAAAUAAGUCAAUAUUCCUGCUUCAUAAUAAACUUGAAGAAACAAAUCAUUGCCAAAUGGUUUUGGGGUGAGCGUAAGCAAUGCGAUGUAUUUAUGCAUGCCUAUAAUCUUUAUAACAAAAAUACUAAUGUAGAUGUUUUCCUGUCGUCAUGAUGGGCCUAGUAUUGUUGACCAUUUCUUUUCUUCAUUUAUCUUCUCUGUCCCUCUCAAAGUCAUAAUUUUUCUUCAUCAAGAUAAUCUCUUUUUUCCCCAUCCUCUCCUUUUCUCUCUGUGCUCUUUCUCCACCUUCCCCUAUUUUUCAUGACUGUGCGUAUUUUUUUGUUCGGUCCUUUUUCUCUAAUUCUCUUUAAACUUCACGUUACCUUAUAUUAAUUCAUUUAUUUUCAGGCAAUAGGCAGUUUCUGGGGGAAAACGAUUGAAAAAUUUCUCCGAUUUAAAGAGAUAUGAAGUUGAUUUUUAUGAUGAUUUAAUGCCCUUAAAAAUUACCUUUACAAUAGAAAAACUAUAAUGGACAUCGGUGUCAAAUUUCACAUUAGUAUUUAUAUUUGUGAAAAUCAGAUUCUUCCUAUAUAUUAUGAUAAUAAAAGGUGAAUACUUUCAACAUUACUAUAAAACUAUGCAUUUCCUUAAUAAAAUUCAGUAUAUAUGUAGGAUAUAGAAUGUUUGUUAACUCUUUCACCUUUAAAUGAAUUUGUAUAAUUUCAAAUGUCUAUUUAAAGUUCUAACAAGACAAAACAAUAUUCAUAGUAAUUAUAUUCAACAGAAAUUGAUGUAACCAAUAAUGAAUUAUGUAACUUAAAAAGAUAUUAAAAGAAAGUUCUUGACUAAAAACCAAAACAAAUUCUUCAAAUUUCAAAUUUGUAGGAUCUUCAUCAAAGUAGGCUGCAGCAUUUCGUAAAUUAUCUUGUUAAAGAUAUUCAAAUAAUGCAUUCAACGAUUGUCUCAAGGAAAGAAUAUUCUGGCAUUGUAGCUGUGUUUUUCCGUUUUAUUUGUUGUGUUCAUAAUCGAAUGUUUGGAACGAAAAUUCGUUUAAGAUUAUAUUGAUGCAUUUGUAUAGGUCACGACGGAAAAAUAUCUGUAUAUAGAUUCCGUGAUAUCGGAUGAAAGAGAUAAUCAACGAUAUGGGCUAAACGUGAAUAUGAAGAAAUGUAUACAAGGACAAAGAAAUUGUUUAGCAUUAGCAACAGCCCCCUCGCAUCCAAACACCAAUUUCCAAAAUCGCAUCAUCUUCACGUCUGUUUGGAGCAGGACAUAACGCCUUUCUGGCUCUGAACAUAAUCAAUUGUAUUCGCUUCGUGGCAGCGCGUUCAUGCCAAUACGAUUUCAUCUCGCUAAUAGGUUCUCAUUCCAAUCCACCUUUUAAAUAUGCUUUCACCAGGUGUUCAUAUAUGAUCCAAUUAAUGUGAAAAGCCUUGAACAUAAAUUGUGAUGGUCCGACGUAAAAGAUUGUAAUAAUAUGAAGUGAUGCCUUACUCAUCAUGAGUACAAGCAUGCUGCCUGAAUUAAUUUCUUCGACAUGAGUUAUAUGCAAUCGUUUGAUGGGCCUACAUGUCUGGUUGCUAUGGUUACAAGUAUUUUCGAUUGAUUAUAUUGCUCUGUAAUGUUCUAUGAGGUGAAUUAUUAACUUGAUGUAACAUUAUGAUAGAUAUUAAUUAUGAGUGGAUGUAAGAUAUAAAGAGAGAUUUCCUAAUCAUGAAAAUGACAAGAGUAUUGUAUACAUAAAGAAUGAAAAAUAAAAAUAAACGCUUUGUAUAUUGACAAACUUAAA